AUGAAUCCAACAUUCAACGAUUUUCAGAAGCAUGUGGAGUUAUUUGGAAGAAUGAAUCACACGAAUAUCGGUAGAUUAAAGGCUUUUUUUUACUAUGCAAAAUAUCAAAAGCUUUUGUUGUAUGAUUAUUACACUCAAGGUUGCAUAUCUUCGCUACAUGGGGUAAGAAGUGAUGGUGUGAUACCUUUAGACUGGGUGACCAGAGUCAAGGUUGCUCUCGAAGCAGCAAGAGGCAUCGCUCACGUCCACGGACAAGAUCAGAAGCUCGUGCUUGGAAAUAUAAAAUCCUCCAAUAUUUUCAUCAACGACCAAAAUCAUACCAUUGUGGCCUUUGAUGCUGGAUUGGCAAAUCUGUUAAGUCCUGCAAGGCUGCCACGUGUACUAGAUUCAGUCUACUGUGCCCCAGAAGUAGCAAGCUCGGGGGAAGUGUCACAGGCUUCUGAUGUCUAUAGCUUUGGAGUUGUGCUGCUUGAACUUUUUUACGGAGUCUCAUCUCAAGUUUUUUCAUCGCUGCCUGAGCUGGUUCGAUAUGUUAAUCAUACUCAUGACUGGCCUGCGGAACUGGUGGAUGGCGCUUUUCUGAGGUACAGAGACAAGCAGGCGCUGGCACAAGCGUUGCAGAUGGCAGUGGGUUGUGUUGGCACAGUCGUGGAACAUAGGCCUACGAUAUUUGAAGUUGUGAAGGUGUUAGAGGAAAUUAAUGGAGUCGAUUGUUCAUCUGUUCAAUCAAGAUUGGAAUCCUUAUUGGAGAAUCUAUUGCCCAUGCUAUCACCAGUUGCCGGACAUCAGGAACUUCGGAUAGAAGAACGGUCAUCGAGACUUUGGAAGAGAGUUGAUAAGAGAGUUUGA